AUGUCUUCGAAAAUUGAAGAUAACGAUGAAAAGCCAAAGGUUUAUUCUGUAGCUGGAAUAAUAUUAAAUAUUCUUACAGCAAUAAAUGAAAAUAGAAUUGAUGCAAUAAACGAAAAUGAAGCGAUAAUUAAUGAAGAAGAUGAUGAUAACGAUAAUGAUAUCGAUAAUGAUAAGUAUCUUGAAGAUACACCUGUUGAAAAAACCUUAUGUGUUAUAUGGGACUUAACUGGUUUAGAAGAAUAUGCAAAUAUAUUUAUGAACGAAUGUCAAAUUCAUCGUAUAAUGUUAAAGAUAAUCACCUUGACGUCGCGUGAAAGAACCCAAGAAUUGUCACUGGGUGUAUUAGCUAAUUUAGCUUGUUUCCCUGAUAAAGCAAUGAUUUUAUUUAGCGACAAAGAUUUGCUUAAUGUCAUCAAAAUCAUUCUUAAAGAUGAAAAUAAUGAUGAUGUUCGAGUAUUAUUUGAAGCUUCAAAUUUAGAAAUAUUGAAAUUAUUACCUUGUAUUGGAAUACCCGAAAAUUAUUUUGAAUUAAUGACGUUGAAUAUAGUUGAAUCUUUUAAUAGUAUUUGUGAAAGGAUUAAUACAAUUAAAGAUAUUGAUAGAAAGUUAUUUAUAGCAAUAAUAACCCUGAUUAAUACAUUACUUGAAACUGGAUUAAUACCACAAGAUACACUUGGUAAUCUUACAUAG